AUUGAGAAAGUGAAAAUGGAUGGAGAGACUAAAAAACGAAAAACAAAGUCAAAAGUGAGGGAGGGGGUUUUCCCGCCAAAACUCCCCUAGGAAACUCCUCUCCACCUAUCAUCCACUUGGCUUGCUUGCUUGCUUGCUUUGUCUCAUUUCUAGGGUUUUUAUUCCCUCUUCCUCUUCCUCUUCCUCAUCGUUUACAAAUCCUCCGCUUCCAAACUCUGAAAAACCCCAACCUAAAAUGGGAUCUGCUGCUCUAUUGGAACCCACGGUUCCUAAUCCGACUGACCAAUCAUCAUCAGGUUCAGAUAUGAAGAAGAGCAAAAACAGUACUAAAAAGUCGGUGACAACAGGCCACAAGGGAAAGAAGCGAAGCUCACCAGAGAAAAAUGAAGAUUCAUCUACUUCUAGAAAGAUGCCAAGGCGAACAGCUGCAUGUACUGAUUUCAAGGAGAAGUCUGUUCAUAUAUCUGAAAAAUCUUCUGUUAUUGGAACAAAGAAGGAUAGGUUUGCAGAAGAAGAAGUUUUAGCUCUAGCCCUGACUUCUGGAAAUGAGGUUGACCGAGCAAACAGAAGACUAACGGAUUUUAUCUUGCAUGAUGAGAAUGGUACUUUGCAGCCCCUUGAGAUGUUGGAAGUUACCGACCUGUUUAUCUCUGGUCUUGUACUGCCUCUCGAUGAAACUUCAAAGAACGACAAGGAAAGAGGUGUUAGAUGUGAAGCUUUUGGACGAAUAGAAUUAUGGGACAUCUCUGGUUAUGAUGAUGGAACUCCAGUUGUCUGGCUUUCAACUGAUGCUGCUGAUUAUGAUUGCCGGAAACCUGCAAACAGCUACAAAAAAUUUUAUGAUCUUUUCUUUGAAAAGGCCCGUGUCUGCAUUGAGGUCUAUAAACAACUGUCAAAAUCUUCUGGAGGGAAUCCUGAUUCAAGUCUUGAUGAGUUGCUAGCUGGUGUUGUUCGUUCCAUGAAUGGCAUCAAGUCUUUUUCUGGUGGGGCAUCUAUAAAAGACUUUGUAAUUUCCCAGGGUGAUUUUAUAUAUAAUCAGUUGAUAGGCUUGGAUGAAACAUCAAAGAAGAAUGAUCGGAAAUUUGCAGAGUUGCCUGUGCUUGAUGCCCUAAGAGAUUGUUGUAGAAAGCAUCAAACUUUCAUGAAGCCAGAGGUUAUGUCUUCUGUUGAGGGUAUAAAAAUUGAUCCAGGAUUUGGAGAUGUAGAUAACAAAAUCAUUACAUCUGGUUCAUCCAUAUGUGCAGAUCAGGAAGAUGAGGACAUGAAGUUGGCAAGGAUAUUGCAAGAAGAAGAGUACUGGCAGUCAAUGAAACAAAAAAAGAAUGAGGGUUCCACUUCAAACUCAAACAAAUACUAUGUCAAAAUUAAUGAAGAUGAAAUUGCCAACGACUAUCCCCUGCCUGCUUAUUACAAGAACACAAUUGAAGAAACUGAUGAAUUAAUCAUUUUUGACAGUGACAUUGACUUGUGUAAACCUGAUGAGCUUCCUCGAAGUAUGCUUCAUAAUUGGUCUCUCUACAACUCAGACUCAAGAUUGAUCUCACUGGAGCUUCUUCCUAUGAAACCUUGUGCAGAUAUUGAUGUUACUAUCUUUGGGUCAGGUGUAAUGACUGCUGAUGAUGGAAGUGGAUUCUGUCUUGAUAGUGAUUCUAGUCAGUUUUCAUCUAGUGGUUCAGGAGCACAAGGUUUUGAUGGGAUUCCUAUAUAUUUGACUGCGAUAAAGGAAUGGAUGAUUGAAUUCGGGGCAUCAAUGAUUUUUAUUUCUAUACGAACAGAUGUUGCCUGGUACAGACUUGGUAAGCCAUCAAAACAGUAUGCACCGUGGUAUGAAACAGUUAUGAAAACAGCAAGACUUGGCAUAAGUAUUAUUACUUUAUUGAAGGAGCAAACCCGUAUAGCACGCCUCUCUUUUGCCGAAGUCAUGAAGAGAUUAUCAGAAUUCAAAAAGGAUAACUGUGCUUACAUUUCUUCUGAUUCAGCUGUUGUUGAGAGAUAUGUGGUUGUCCAUGGGCAGAUAAUAUUACAGCUCUUUGCAGAAUUUCCAGAUGAGAAUAUUAGAAGAUCUGCAUUUGUGACAGGUCUUACAACUAAAAUGGAGGAGAGACAUCACACUAAAUGGUUGGUGAAGAAGAAGGUUGUACAUAAGUGUGAACGCAAUUUGAAUCCAAGAGCAGGUAUGGCACCUGUAGUGUCCAAGAGGAAGGCUAUGCAAGCUACGACAACAAGGUUGAUAAACAGAAUCUGGGGGGAGUACUAUUCAAAUUACAGUCCAGAAGAUUUAGACAAGGAAGCUGUAUGUGAAAUCAAAGAGGAAGAAGUUGAGGAGCAAGAGGAUAAUGUGGAGGACGAUGAUGAUGAAAAUGAAGAGUUGCUAGUUUUGGAGAUGGCAGAGAAACCUAGUUCAGUUUCAAGAGGAAAUAAAUCACGCUCUGCUAAAUUUGAAAUAAGAUGGGAUGGGCAGCCUGUUGGCAGAACAAGUUCAGGGGAAGCUCUUUAUCAACAGGUAACUGUUCAUGGAGAUACAAUUGUUGUGGGGUGUGCUGUGCUGGUGGAUUCUGAUGAAUCAAAUGAACUACCUGCCAUCUAUUUUGUGGAAUACAUGUUUGAAGCAUCAGAUGGACGCAAAAUGUUUCAUGGGAGAAUGAUGCAGCAAGGGUCACAGACUGUUCUUGGAAAUGCUGCAAAUGAGAGAGAGGUAUUCCUGACAAAUGAGUGCAUUAACUUGGGAUUGGAGGAUGUUAAACAGAAGGUCGUUGUGGAGAUCCGGUUAAUGCCAUGGGGACAUCAGCAUAGGAAGGAUAAUGCUAAUGCUGACAAAAUUGAUAGAGCAAGGGCAGAAGAGAGAAAGAAGAAAGGGCUGCCCACUGAAUAUUUCUGUAAAAGCUUGUAUUGGCCUGAGAAGGGUGCUUUCUUUGGUCUUUCUCCCGAUACUAUGGGCUUGGGUUCUGGUUUGUGCCAUUCUUGUGAAAUAAAGGAAGUCCAGAAAGAGAAGGCUGUUUUCAAACUGAAUUCAUCAAAGACUGGCUUUGUAUAUAAUGGAACUGAGUAUUCUGUUUAUGAUUAUGUCUAUAUAAGUCCUGAUCAAUUUGCUGAGAAAAGGACGGAAAAUGGAACUUUUAAAGCUGGGAGAAAUGUGGGUUUGAGAGCUUAUGUUGUGUGCCAACUGCUGGAUAUUAUUGUCAAAAAGGAAACCAAACAUGCAGAAACAAAACAUACACAGGUUAAGGUCAGAAGAUUUUACAGACCAGAAGACAUUUCAGUUGACAAGGCAUACUCUUCUGAUAUUCGAGAGGUCUAUUACAGUGAAGUAACACAUGAUUUGGCUGUUGAGAGUAUAGAAGGGAGAUGUGAAGUUAGAAAAAAGAAUGAUCUUCCAGUGUGCGGUGCUCUUGGCAUUUUUCAGCAUAUCUUUUUCUGUGAACAUCUGUAUGAUCCUUCUAAAGGAUCCCUCAGGCAGUUGCCAGCGCACAUAAAACUUAGAUAUUCAACUGGAAACUUGGAUAAUGAUACUGCAUCUAGAAAGAAAAAGGGCAAGUCUGUAGCGGGAGAAAAUGAUUUAGAAGUUCAAAAACAAAGAGAAGCCUCACAGGAGAAAUGUCUAGCCACAUUAGAUAUUUUUGCUGGUUGUGGUGGUUUAUCGGAGGGACUGCAGAAGUCAGGUGCUUCGUUAACAAAGUGGGCAAUAGAAUAUGAACAGCCUGCUGGAGAUGCAUUUAAAUGCAAUCAUCCAGAGUCGCUGGUCUUUAUCAAUAACUGCAAUGUUAUUUUAAGGGCUGUAAUGGAGAAGUGUGGGGAUGUGGAUGAUUGUAUCUCAACUUCUGAAGCCGCUGAAUCAGCAGCAUCACUCGGUGAGAAGGAAAUUAGUGAUUUGCCAAUGCCAGGACAAGUGGAUUUCAUUAAUGGAGGACCUCCAUGUCAGGGAUUUUCUGGAAUGAAUAGGUUCAGCCAAAGUACUUGGAGCAAAGUUCAGUGUGAAAUGAUCUUGGCCUUCUUAUCCUUUGCAGACUACUUCCGUCCCAAGUAUUUCCUCUUAGAGAAUGUGAGGAACUUUGUAUCUUUUAAUAAAGGACAGACUUUUCGUUUAACUCUGGCUUCACUUCUUGAGAUGGGUUAUCAGGUGAGAUUUGGUAUUCUGGAAGCUGGAGCUUAUGGCAUUUCUCAGUCACGAAAGCGAGCAUUUAUUUGGGCAGCCUCUCCAGAAGAGGUUCUUCCAGAAUGGCCAGAACCCAUGCACGUUUUUGGUGCCCCAGAAUUGAGAAUCUCAUUAUCAGAAAAAUCGCAAUAUACUGCUGUUAGGAGUACUGCAAGGGGAGCCCCUUUCCGGGCAAUAACUGUGAGAGAUACGAUUGGUGAUCUCCCUGCUGUAGGGAAUGGAGCCUCCAAGACCAUUUUAGAGUAUCAAGGUGAACCUGUCUCGUGGUUUCAAAAGACAAUAAGAGGAGACAUGGCAUUUUUGACUGACCACAUGUCCAAAGAAAUGAAUGAGCUGAAUCUCAUUCGAUGUCAGAAGAUUCCUAAGCAGCCAGGUGCUGAUUGGCAAUGCCUUCCAGAUGAAAAGGUAACACUGUCCACUGGACAGUUGGUUGAUUUGAUACCAUGGUGUCUGCCAAAUACUGCCAAACGCCACAACCAAUGGAAGGGCCUGUUUGGAAGGUUGGAUUGGGAGGGUAACUUUCCUACUUCCAUAACUGAUCCUCAACCAAUGGGUAAGGUGGGGAUGUGCUUUCACCCUGAUCAAGACAGGAUUCUUACUGUUCGAGAAUGUGCUCGAUCUCAAGGUUUCCCGGAUAGCUAUAAGUUUGCUGGCAAUAUUCAACACAAGCACAGGCAAAUUGGAAAUGCUGUUCCUCCUCCUUUGGCGUAUGCACUAGGUAGAAAACUUAAGGAAGCGAUGGACAGUAAAAGGUUCAGAUAGUGGGAUCGUCCUUAUGGCAUUUGUCAUUGGGAUCGUCCUUAUGGCAUUUGUCAUUGUAAAUUGGCUUAUCAGUUUUGAGUUCCUCGUCUGGUUGCUAAAACAAAUCUCGAAAUUGUCAAAUGUCAUUGAGGCCCUCUUGUGUUUUGGAUUUGUUAGAUGUACCCUUUUUUGGUUUCUAGUCUUGUUUUGGAGGACGCUUAGUUCUGUUAAUAAGUACAGAUUUUUACCAAUUGAAAGAGUGAAAUCUGAUGAUCAUUUUGUCGUGAAUUUUUUGUAAUUA